CAAACAAUCCCCGAACUGUGACUCCUUCAGGCAAUCUGCUCGCUGACCUCAUACUACCAAUACCUAUUGGGGAAUGUGGUUGGUGCGUCUGGAUGAGAAGCCAGGGCCAGGAGCCAAAAGGGCAAAGUGCAAAGUAGUGGCUGAGAAAUUCAUUUUUAAUACACUGCAGUCUGACACACUUCAGCAAAGCUCUCUGCAGGAGGCGCCGGGUGAAAAGGUUGUCUCCCACUCCGAGGGACCUCCCAAGAUCAGAGCACUAAUCCACUGGCAGACGUCGGUCGUCAUGGCAACCCCACAGCCAACUAACGCUAAUGGCGUGAGACGCAGGCGCGUCUUAGCCCAUACACUGGAUGAGAUGUCCAAUCCUGCUUGUAAUGGCGAGUGUACAAAGAUGGAGGAUGUGGCACAGUGGCACCAACAUGCGCAGCGAGUGAAGGUGAAGAUCCUGCAGCAGGUCCAGGAUCAGCUGAGUGACAUUCUCGACCAGGCCUUGACCGAGCCUGUCCACUCCUCAGUCAAUGGAAAGACGAGAGCUCACCGAAUGGACGAUGGCAAAGUGUUUAUGGACCGAGCGUCACUGCUGGACGAGCUGUUUGAGAUCAGCCACAUCAGGACCAUCUACCACAUGUUUGUAGCUGUGCUGCUCAUCUUCUGUGUGAGCACUCUGGCUGUGGACUACAUCGACCGGGGCAGAUUGGUUUUGGAGUUUGACCUGCUCUUCUACGCCUUUGGCAAGCUGGGAACGGUCACCUGGGUGUGGGCGCUCAUGUUUUUCUACUCCUUGCUGGUUCCCUACAACACGCUCCGCUUUUGGGGUUCUUUGUAUCACCGCUGCGCUUCCAAGCUGGGGCUGUCUCUGGGCACAGCUCUGGUCCUGGCGGCCCUCCAGACCUCUGUUCUGGGACUGCUGCCCGUUUACGUGGUAGUGCGGUACCAGCUGCCACCGGCCUCCCGUUUCAUCGUUGUACUCGAGCAGAUUCGAUUCCUGAUGAAAAGCUACUCGUUCAUGAGGGAAUCGGUCCCCGUCAUUCUGAAGAAGGCUCCAAAAGAAGGGGAGAAAAUCUGCUUCCCGACAUGUUCCAGUUAUCUCUACUUCCUUUUCUGUCCUACUCUCAUCUACAGGGAAUCAUAUCCCAGGAACACGCAUAUUCGAUGGAAGUACGUCGGCGUCACUGUGACCAUGAUCUUGGGCUGCCUCUUUUAUGGCUACUUCAUCCUGGUGCGCCUGUGUGUGCCCCUUUUCAAAUCGGAGAGCCAACAACCGUUUAGCAAGCGAGCCAUGGUUCUCCUCGUGUUCCACUCCAUACUGCCAGGUAUCAUGCUCCUGCUGUUGUGCUUCUUCGCCUUCCUGCAUUGCUGGCUCAACCUCUUCGGGGAGCUGCUCCGAUUUGCUGACAGAAUGUUCUACAAGGACUGGUGGAACUCGACGUCUUUUGCAAACUACUACCGCACGUGGAACGUGGUGGUGCACGAUUGGCUCUAUUACUACGGCUACAGGGACUUCCUCUGGCUGUCAAAAAGGAAGUUCCGCACAGCUGCCAUGUUGUCCGUCUUCAUCGUGUCGGCCGUGGUGCACGAGUACGCCUUAGCCAUGGGCUUUGGAUUCUUCUAUCCCAUCAUGUUUUUCCUCUUUGCAUUCUUUGGAGUUGUCUUUAACUUCACCAUGAACGAUAAGCGUCAGAGUCCCGUGUUCAAUAUCAUCAUGUGGACGUGUCUCUUCCUGGGUCAAGGCAUCCAGGUGUGCCUCUACUGUCAGGAGUGGUAUGCGCAAGUACGCUGUCCUCGCACCGGGACUAGCUUUUGGGAGCUGGUGACGCCUCGCUCCUGGUCGUGCGGCUACCAAAGAUGAACUGCGGAGGAGGGUCAAGAAGGAGGGAAACAUCAUUACGAUUACUCAAAUCACUCAAAAGAAGGGCUGGGGAGUCUUGUUUCCAUCUGGACCAUAUUGUAAAGUCUGUUGAAGAAACAUGGUGCGGACACAUUAUAUAUAUUUGAUGUGGAUUCAGAGAAAAUAGGGCAAGAUUAUACAAGAAUAGAAUUUUUUUUUUUAAAGUCUCAAUCUUACCAGAAUACAGUAUUCAUUUUAUUUAUUAUUCAGUCACAAUUUUACAAGAUUAAUAUCAUACUUUUCUCAGUAGGAAAUUUCAAUUUACUAAAGUCAAGCUAAAAACUUAUACAAGAUUACAUUUUUGAUUUCAGCAGACAUGAAUUGUAAUCUUGCAUGAUAUGUGAGUUGGAUGGAAAAACUAUUUCAUAGUCAUAGUUUUUAUCUUGAGGACAAAAAUUGCAACUUAAAAGAUGUAUCGUUCUUUCGGAGAAAUAGAAAAAAAAUCCCAUUGUAACAAAUGAUCAAUCAUUCAUCUGCCUGAAUCUUCCAAAGGCCAUGAUACAUUUAUGAAAAAUGAUGGUGACGACGGAACAAAUGUCUAAUGUUAGAAAAAUAUGCAUUGAUUCUAGAUGGUGCUGCAUGAUGACUGUUUGCUUCUCUGUCAAGUUUUCUCAAGCCAAAUGUACUGUAUAUACUAGAAGCUCCCAUAUGUAAUACACUAAAAUUACAAAAAGUGUGCAGAACAGAAAUGUACUGUUUAAUAUCAAAGCACAUUGUGAGAAUAAAGCAUGACUUGUCAUUGUGUUUCCUA